CGAAACUUAUCCCGACAGUAUGAUCUUUCUUACCACCUCCCGAUCGCUUUCCUGCCGGUUCGUUUAUUCGAAUCUAUUUAUUUAAUUUGGCCUACACGAUGCGCAGGGCACCCAUCCACUUGGGUGUUCUGGGGCUUCUCACACGACACGACACCCGUCAGUGCUUAUUUAGGUUCGAGGCAAAUCACACAUUAAAAGUAAAUUUCGUCAGUUGGCGGUCCAUCGUCGUCGCUAUCGAAGGCAGCAGAAGCGAGCAGCAGCAAUAUCUUCCUCCCGGUGGCGCUCGUUUGCUCGGAAGAAUAGCGCGUGUGGGUAGAUGCUGCCUGCUCCACAGAAUCCCGGGGCAAAUUUAUCUGUUUUCCGCGUAUGACCCAAGGGCCACUUUGCAGAUUGCCACAUGUGAAACCCGGGAAUCGAUGUACCUGGAUGUUACAAAUUAAGCGAGCAGCUAGUCGUUUCCGCUAGAUCAAGCGAAGGCAGAUUUUUAAUUGGACCUUAAGCCAACGCGCGAAAGUUCAAACGGUGAUCCUGGUCGUUAGACGUUUUAAUAUGAACGGUUGCUGACAUACAUAUCGUUCGUAGGGACGGAAGGCUGAAGUUCGCUAUGGUAUAGAACCCUCUCUCUCACUACAACAACGUCGACAACAGCGGUGAAAGAUAGGACGCGAAAGAUUGACAACAGGUGAUGUCAACGUCAGACGGCGGGCGCAGUAAUUUAAUUAAAUCCCAGUACGACGCUAUCACGUCAAGCUCUGCGAUAGAGCUGCUGAAGAUUGCGGCCACUGCACGCCAUGGCGUUUGCGACGUCGAAGGGCAAAACGACGGAGGAACGAACGAAAAUAGUCACCACAUUAGCGGCGGAACUCCGAACGAUGGUCAGAGUAAAACUGUGAACGCAAGACGACGGUGGAAGCUAUUGGCCAAAGCACUGAGACAUGACUCUAGUGAGGAUGAUCAGUUUGCAAAGUUCAACUUGAUCGAGUUUGAUCGAGCGUAUGACGAGAAGGAUGAGAACAUUUUCGUUUACCGACUGGCCGAUCGCUAUAGGUUGAAGAUUCGGCUCAUCGGUGAACGACCUUGGACGGCGUCUGAGUUGAUCGGAUUCAACAAUACUGGGAACAUUUGUGUGUGGCCUUCGGAAGAGGCCUUAGCCUAUUAUAUUUUGUCUCGAUUGAAUAUUUUCGAAAACACCAACGUUCUAGAAUUAGGGGGCGGAAUGACAUGCCUAGCGGGGCUCGUAUUGGCGAAAUAUGGUAAUCCGUCUUUUGUUCACGUUACCGAUGGAAACGAUUUAUCAGUGGAAAAUGUUAGGAAAUCACUGAACAUGAAUAAGUUCAACUGUACGAUUAAGACCUCCGUCUUGAAGUGGGAAUCAGUUUCUCUUGAUCAGUGCGGAAAGUAUCCCGACAGUGGCCGGUAUCAAUUUAUUCUUUCAGCAGAUUGCCUCUUUUUUGAUGAAUCUCGUUCGCAUUUAAUCGAUGCCAUCUGGUUGUUCAUGGCUGAUGAAGGAGUAGCUUUGAUAACAGCUCCACGUCGAGGAAAUACGCUGUCUCAAUUCCUCAACGAAUGCGUCGCUCGUGGGUUCUACUACGAACUACUGCACUGUUACAACGAGUUAAUCUGGAAUAAACAUCUGGCACUGAUCAAGACCGACGGUUAUGAUGAGAAUAUCCACUAUCCUUUGUUGAUUAAAAUGUACAAAAAAGAUUACAAUUUAUGGCAUAUCUGAUUAUGUGGGUAGGAGCCACGUGGUAUAGGUGAUCUCAUAGUGCAGGUACUAGGUAUUUCAAAGAGAUAUAAAAACCAUAUGCGCUUAAUGUUCUUUUGCACCUUAGCGAAUAAUAGUGUGUUCUAGUCAAUUACAAAACGAUGGAUCUAUAAAUGCGAUAGAGCAUUACGUUGACUAUUGAUAGGAUUAGUUAGAAUUAGCAAUAAGACGCAACGUCGUAGUUAAUACUGAACACAUAGACCCGAGUUAAAUGAGAGGAUAUUCCCAUACAGACUGACCUUUCCCGUUGUUUUUAGAUUGGUGGAUCUGUGAGUGUUAGGCUCUUUGGAGGCUCGUGUUGAGUGAAUGUUUUAAUUUUAUAAGGGAAAAGCACCAGUUUGACCACACUUUUUGAACGUUAAAACCACCAUUUAUCCAGAUGAUAAGUGAAUAAAAAGAUUUCAGUCCAUAUUUGAACGAAACAUUUCCGGAUCCUAAAAAAAAAAAACGUUGUGAAACAUCUGUGCCAGUAAGUUUUUAUAACGAGGCUUAAUUCAUGACUUUGUGAUUGUAACCAUAAUAAAAUCAAAAUUGUUACUUUGGUGGGGAUUGUCAAAUUAUGGAUAAACUCGUCAAUAACGAUUUUUGUAACGUAAAAGAGCGUUUAUUCCGCUAUGACAAAAAUUGAUAUUAGCACUUCAGUAGUUGCACUGUUGCAUUUUUUUAGAACGAUGGUGAAAAAAAUGACGCUUAUCGUACACAGCAGCAGUGUGGUGAUUCUAAGAGUGGCAUACUACACAACGACUGAAAGUUGAUUAUCCAAACAAAUGCACCUACCUGAGAGUUUUUCAUCAAAGCUUUAUUAUAUGCACUGUAAAAGUAUGUUAAAGGUUACGGGUUGGAAUACCGUGGGUUUCAAAAAAUGCUCGAGUAAACUACAGCUUCUUCUCAUACGUACGACGUGUAUUGGUUUUAAGGCUGUUAUCAUGACUGG